AUGAAUAACGAUCAAAGAUCAUUAGUAUCAGGACUCGAUUUAUCACUAUUUGUUAUAUUAGAAUUGCUUGGUUUAACAGCAAUAUUUGGUAAUGCAUCACUGAUUGCUGUUUUGGUGAAAUUUAAUUAUUUGAAUAAACCAAGUUUUAUUCUUCUUCUUAGCUUAGCAUUUGCUGAUAUAUUGCAUGGCAUUGUGACAAUUUUUUACUUUUAUCCACCAAUUAUACUCAAAGGACAUUAUUUAUCAUUGCAAUGGAUGAAAAUUUUUAAUACAAUCGAUUGGAUUGCGUGGGCGAUUACACUUACACAUAUAAGUGCUGUUUGUUUGGAUCGACUGGCUGCAAUAAUAUUUUAUGGCCGUUAUACGCUGUUAGUUUCGUUGACAAAAAUACGUUAUUACAGCAUAUUUUGUUGGAUUUUUUUUAUUGGUCAAAAUAUAAUUUUAUUAUUAUCGAAUGUAUGUUGUAUGAUUAUUCCAUUACAAAACAAAGAAUAUUACACAUUUGGUUAUCAACGUGAUAAUAAUUUUUUAAAUCAAACUAACAUCUAUAUUUAUACAUAUACACCACUUGAAUUAAGUACAAUUAUAAUAAUAUCUAUAUCAAAUCCAAUUAUAUUAAUACAAUUAUACAAACGUUGGAAAAGGAAAUGUGCUCUUCAACAUGCCAGCGUUUUACUAUUAGAAAUGUCAAUGAAAUUGGGAGCGCAACAAUCUCAUAUCGAAUUAACAAGAAAAUCUAUGCAAAAAGCAAGCCGACAACAACAAAGGAUUGUCCUACAGAUCGUUACGGUGGUAGCAAUGUUUUCUAGCUAUAUGCUUAUAUAUUAUUUAUCAUAUUAUAUUUUUCCAUUUAACUAUAAAUGGGUUGCCGUAUUGCAUUCCGUUUCUUAUUCCAUUACGCACAUUUCAAAUCCGGUAAUUUAUUUUACAUGUAAUAAAGAAAUAAGAAAGCAAUUAUUUACUUUAUGUAUUGAAUUAUGGCAGUAUUUUUUGUCAUGUAAUCGUGGUUUACUAUUUGAACGAUAUCAAUUUCCGCUGCAUACAAUAGAACGUACACAACAAAUAAGACGUCUAUCAAGUGUUGAGUCUCAAAAAAGAAUGCAACAAUCUAAAACAACAACAACAACAGCAACAACAACAACAACAACAGUUGAUAUAAUGAUAAAAUUAUCAACAAAUAUUAUUACAGAAAUGGAUACAUUAAUUAAUUUUGACGAAUAUGAAAAACAACAAAUUGAAGAAAAACAAAACGAGCAAGAGUAUUAA